GCGGCCGAGACUAGCUACAGUUCAUCAGGAGGCAAAAUCGACGUAGGAAGAAAGAUCGGGUGCGACGUGCGAUCGUAUAUCGAUCUGGCAACAUCGAUAUCAGUGAAAGAAAAGACGUGAAGGAAGAUCUCAUCGAGAUAUACAUAGAGAUCGAGAGAGGAGAGGCAACAAGUGCGUGUCAAGUCGAAGUGUCAAGUAGUAGACUCUUGCAGAGACUCUCGUGACGAUUCAUAUACGUCGGCGAUUGAACUUCGGCUCUCUCGCUCAUCUCGUCUGUGAAUAAGCAUCUUUAGUGCACGCGAAGAUGAAUCUAUCGGUCAGCGCGCCGAUGCUGUGCGUCCUGCUCGUGGUCCUGUUGUCGGAAGCGGCAUACGCCAGGCCGGCCGAUUGGUUUCUGAGUCGGCCGAAACGCCUUUCUGAUCAAAGACUCGCUGAGCUCGAGACACUUCUGGCGCUACAAAAUGUGAAGGGCGUCGUGGUUCCCGUAGGAUUCGGAAAAGUAAAUCCAGCUAUCGCAGGCCGUAAGCGAAGAUCCAUCUCGGACAAUCUUCGAAAAUUGCAGCAUCUCCUGCUGCUUAUUGCUCAAGAAUCCGCGGAAUCAACUGCGGACCGAUCCGAUCAGAUUCGUCCCUUACCGUGGAAGGAGGAUCCGCGGGAGGAGCACAGGGACUAUCAGUUGAUUUAAUUCGGAGGCUUGGUGCCGUUCGAGAAUGAGGCGAAAGUCAGGAAAGAGAGGCAUAAGAGAGACGACGGGGGAAGAAAUGGCGUGCGAGAGAAAGAGAGGGAGAGGGAAGAGAGGAGGGAGAAAGUAGAACAAUUAAACAAGAUACACGCAACACAUUCAGCACGCACACACAACACACACACACACACACACACACACACACACACACACACACACACACACACACACGCAUUUAGUUUGAUCUCUCAGCCGUUAUCCGUCGACAACGCACCACUAUGGACUAGCCUCCGUCCUAGCUUCUAAUUUCUUUGUGAACAUAUGCCUUAAGAGAUAAGUAAUUAACUGUCGACGAGAGCACACUGAGAAAAGAAGUUGAUCGAAAUCAGCUUGGCUAAAUUUUGUCAGCUUGAUUAAAUUUCUUCAGUUCAAGUAUUUGUGCAUUUGAGUUGAACGUGACGCUUGAACUGCGGUUCAAAUUUAUUUGACGCAUCUUAUGUAAUAAAUUACAUAGAAAUACUUGAAGUGAAAGAAUUGAACUAAUUAAAUUUCUUCAGAUCAUGCAUUUAAGUGAAACAUAUAAAUAUUUAAACUUUAGUGUCUUAAGUAUCUGAAGUCGGUAUGUUUGAAUUGAAAAAAUUUAAUCAAGUUGAACAAUUUUGUUAGAACAACUUUCUUUUUCUCAGUGUAGGAAACGUAACGUUACGCGCGUGACGUGAAAAGGUCUCGGACGGCAACAGCGGGAGAUAACGAAUUGCGCGCGGCAAAUUACCGUGUAAAGUGCCGUCUCCUUGAGGGGAAGAGGGAGGGGGAAAACGGUCACGAUCGUGUCCAGACUGCGUUCUUCAUUUAAGUAUUCGAGGCUUAACGAGAAAAAAAAACAGUAUUUUACAUGUGAAUGCCGUCUUAGUAUUCGUGUACAAUGUGCAAUUCGCAAGAUAUGCUCUCGAUAUACGUCGGCGGAUUUUCGGUUUUACUUGCUCGAUUGGCUGCUUUCGUUCGCAUUCAGCCGGCCUGUCGUUCGCGAAGCGCUUGAGAUCUUGUCGUGAGAAAGCGCAAGAUCAUUCCGACUGGCUUUUCUCGAUUGCGUCGGUAUCAGUCGGGCCGACUGUUACAUUAUUAUACGAAAUACGCUCGGGUGAUAAUUUCGUAAGAAAGUGCAAAAUCAUUCUAAUCGGCUUUUCUCGAUCGCGUCGGUUGUUUUCGCGUAAUCAUAGUUACGUACUUCACGGCCUUGAAGAGAAAGAGAAGGAGAGAAAGAGAGAGAGAGAGAGAGAGACGAGAGGGAACUUUUGCAGUCUCACUUUUUUCGAAACGUUGAAUCUUACGACAUGAAUCUCAAGUGCGUCGUAUAAUUUUUGCUUCGCCGCCAAUCGACCGAAUCCAACGCGAAAUUGUAGCAGCUCGUGCUGCCCGUCCGCGGAUGGAUUUCUUCUUCCGAAGAAUAGAUCAAAGAUAGCGCGGCUCAAAGUUAAAGCUAUUGCGAGCGACGUUCGUCAAGAGAAUCUUGCGAAUUUAUUUGACGAGUGUCCUUUGAAUUGAGGUGAUUAUUUUGUGCGGGCGAUUCGUCGAAAUUAUGUCUGUCCCGCGUCUUCUUUUGCGUGCGAAGGACCAAGAUUAACGUUUGACAGAUUGUGGAUCUUAAAGUUCUUGCGUCGCGAUGCGAGCGGCACGUAUUGCAUUCCGGAGUUGGCCAAUGUACGUUUACGAGUUUUAUUUAGUUUUUUUUUUCUUCUUCUUCUUCUCUAACGACGUUAGAGAAGGACGAUGAUUUACGUUAGAUUAAUUAAACGUAUUGACCUAUCGGUGGGAUUUGUCCCAAUGGCGAUAUCGAAAGACGGCAGGAGAUUUGACGUAACACUAUCCGUGUAAAUUGCUAAUGCCAAGUCGAGGCAAAUUUUAUUUAUUUUGUAGGUUUGAUUUUUGAAGAUUAUUUUUAAGUAUUACUAGUAUUAAUUGGAGGGACUCGUCCUGCGCGCCACCGCGAGUCCACGUUCCUUACCCCUUAUCGUUAAUUGUAAUACCUACUGUUUUAUUUGUAUACGUAUUUAUUUAUUUAUUUAUUUAUUUACCUAUUUAUUUAUUUAUUUAUUCAUUAACGCACGAUUAUCCGUGUAGGACGUGAAUUUUGCAAAUCGAUUAUUUUAAAGAGAUUCUUGCUGUAUUAAACAUACCGACAUUUACGUUUCUUAUCUCAUCUACUAAUCACGUCGUCGGAUUACUUUGAAUAAACAUGUAUACGCGAUUGUGAAUGCAAUAAAAAGAAUUAAUCGAUUAUUCAUGCAAUUUA